UAAUAAAAAUAAUUAUUAUAUAAUAAUGCUCAAAUAUAAUUAUUUAUAACAACAAUAAUAAUCAUUGGUCGAGCAACCUCGAAACUCGAAAUCCAACUCGUAACUGGUCAUCCUAAGGGGGUUCUCGUGCCUAACUUUAAAUUGAAUAUGGUCAAACUUAGUCAAACACGUUCGAAUCUGUAAGUUUUAACUACUUAUUAAAGUAAAUCGAGUUAACUAAACUGUUCCUCUCUAUCUUUUCAACAAAUGCUUCUUAUCUCUAAUUUUCAAUGCAAAUUCGGGUCAACUAAGAGAUAUCGAUUUGACGAGGCGAACAUUGACAAACUUGCUCUCUUAGUCAAACGGUCAACCCCAAACAACUUCUACACUAAUAUAGAUAUAAGAAAAAAUUAAUAAUAUUAAUUAUUAUGUAAUUAUAAUCUAAUUAAAAAUUCAUAAUUCCCCUCCUCCUCCUUCCCCCUCCCUUCCUUCCUUUCCUUGCACCCCAAUUUGGGGGGUAAGCCGAAACAGUGAAUUUACGCUCACGUUUUGCACCCCCCUACUGUUACAAAAUAACCAAACGGAGGUAAACACCUUGGAACUUGUGUUUACCCCUCCAAACUUGCACCCCUUCCAUUUGCACCCCUUCCCAAACAUAGUGGUAAUGUAUGGAAAAAAAUUACACAAGCAAAUUUAUCCCUAAUACAGUAAUACUCCACGCGCUGAACGCAGAAAACCUGCGGCGCUGGAGGUAACCAACUGGUUUGGGUUUUUAUUUUCCUUUGUUGAAAAAUCAGCUUUUAAGUUCUCCACCACCCUCCCCUCCCCACCCCACUCGACUCCAUCGAUAACACAGGAAAAAGGUCCACAAAACGGAUCCGCUUCGCCAACACAGAGGAUCUAGGGUUCCUCCCUUCCGGAUCUCUCUCCGCUAAAUCUCCUUCCUCCCCUUUCCAUCCCACUUCUCUCUCGCCGAUCAUCGUCGCGAUAGGACGGAUUUGAUUUCCGGUUGCUGGUUCAGUGAUGUUUCUGCGCCAUAAUUAGGGUUAUCGAAUCCUGGAAAAAAGUGCCGGCGAUGAACUUUUUUUGUGAUUUAAGACAUAUCUUGAUGAAGAGAAAUUGGAAAUUAACCAACUGACAGCGGCGGAAGGGGAAGGAGUCACUGAAGUUGGAAGAGUGUCGUGGUUGGUUUCUGUAAAUAUGAGAGGAUCAGAAAAAUCGAGAAGGGUUACUUGGGCGUCGGAUGUUAAUCUUUGUCAGGUGCGGCUAUUUCUAACGGAAGAAUCUCCUUCACAAGUUGGAGGAGUAACCGGUCAAGAUCACCUUCAAGCGAAGGCCUCGUGGGUGUCCCAUUCAACCGGGACAGCUAGUGAUGAUGUUCUCCCUCCUGGGUUUGAGCUAGCCCAGUCUUCGAACCAAUCACAAAUCAAAGCAUCAGAUGUUCCUGUCAUCAAAUGGAGGUCUCCACCUAGGUUUACAAUGGACGCACAGUGGAUAGUUGUUGCUGGAGAAGAGAGCCAGGAUGUUGAGGCUCAAAAUCAACGAGAGAUGCGUGUGCUUGAAGCUGUUUAUCCUCGCCCUUCUGCCAUCCCAACAAAUCCGGCUUUUCCUGGAGAUACAGACUCCCAUCAUAAUGACGACCAUGUUCUGCUAAUUCCCAUCGCUGUUAUCGAGGAUGAGGACUCCUCUGAUAUUGUGGGAACCAUGAGUGCACAACAACCACAGUCAUCGUCAGCUCCUGGGGUUGCACCUCAAUUUGCCAGCACUGCUGCUGAACCUGAUGUAGUAGCUGCAGCAUCGGCUGCAUUUGCUGCCAUCAACAGAAGCAACGAACAAGGAAGCUUGAUAGACCAUGACUUGCUCAUCAAGAUUCUCAGCAACCCGAAACUGAUCGAGAAAUUAGUGAAAGAUCACGGAGCCUCUGCUGCUGCCACCACCUCAGCUGUCCAAAACUCGAAACAACCUUUCAUAGCUUCAUCUGAACCGUUUUACGGUCAUGCCAACAUGGGAGGACGAACGAUUCCUCCUGGUCCAAAUGUUCAGGCGGCUCCACCCCCAGGACCGUUUAUGAACAUUCCUCCACCUGUGGUUGCCACAUCAGCUUCUUCCGGCGGCCCCCCACCAUCCAUGAAGGAUUUCAGUUACUAUAAGAACUUGAUUCAGCAGCAUGGAGGCGAGAGACAACCAGACCGAUACGGUGGUCAACAACAACCCCAACACCAACAACAUAGACAGCAGCAAGAUCAACUAGGGUAUUCGAAAUCAUCCAAGGAUUCAAAGACCAAAAUCAUGAAACCCUGUCUCUAUUUCAACAGCUCGAGAGGGUGCAGGAACGGAGCGAACUGUGCCUUUCAGCACGACAAUGCUGCUCCACCUCAACCGAGAGGGAGCAGUAUGGCCUCGUCUGAGAUGCAGAGCUCCAAGAGGAUGAAAAUGGAUAGAGAGAUUAGCAGUUGAAAGAGUUCCGUGACUACAUGUAGUUUAUUUUACAUUUGGGGGAAAAAGCUUGUUGCAGCUGUACAUUUUUUAGGCGACAGAGGCUUCUAUGGCCUGUUUUGUGCUGCAGGAAAUUCGCCUUAUUUGUUCCCCACAGCAAAGUUUUAAUUUACCAGGGAUGCACCAUUCAUCAAGUCUCAACUUGCUUUGUUUUGCUUCUCUCUGAAUUCUUGGAUGUUAAAUGAACUGGUUACUGGUUAGUAAUGUUCGGUUGUAUCGGUCAAAUCAUGUACCAGACCGGAAUAAUGAACAUUGAGUGUUUCG